AUAUUUAAGCAGAAUGAUAAAUGUAGGUAGUUAUAGAUAUCAUUCGGAAUCCCAAUGUGUAUAGGAUACGAAAAAUAAAAUAUAAACCUCGUUAAACCCUUCUUUACGCGGAUAAAUAGCUUUGGUGUUCUAUAUCUCUUCAAAUUCUCCAAAGCAUCGCUUCUCAGAACUAUCUCCAUCGCCUGGUUUCGUUUAUUUCCAACAGUUCAACUGAAGAACAUGGGAGGCGUAGAAGAUAACCACUGGGUUGAUUUGAUGAUAGAUAAAAUCGGAUUUGCCCUAACCAAGGUUGACGAAUCGAUUCAAAAGAGUAUUGAACUCUGGAAAGAGUUAACCAAAGACAUAUAUGAUGAGCAGCCUACACUUGAUACAACGGGACAACCAAAUAAUGUUAAAUCCGGUGAAGAAGAUUCCUCUCAGGAUAAAUCUGUCGAUGAGGUCAAAGAAAGACCUAUUCAACACUGGGCUAUGCGCCUUGGUGAGGCCAAAGAAUCACCGAGCCAACACUGGGAUAUGUGUGCAUCAAAAAUUUCAGAGAGUUUGAUUCAAGAACAAGGGGAUGAUGAAGUUGAUGAAAAAGAAAAAGAAGAUGACGAGGGUACAGUUUCGGAAUCUAGUGGUGAAGAAGACAUGUGUGAGCUUACUUUGGGAAACUCGGCCUCGAGAUAUCGCCCUAAUCUUCACCAUCAUCAUAAUGAAGAAGCUAGUACUGGUUAUGGUUAUGGGCAAUUAAAUGAUGAUGAUUAUAAAUCAUGGAGUGAUGAUUAUGAAAGCUUGUACAAGUUUUAUCUUAUGAGGGCCCCUUUGGGGUCGUCCUACGUACCUCCUGGGCUCCCUCUCCAUAAAGAAAAUAAUGCUUUAUAUUUUAAGAGGGGGAAUCCUUAUCAUAUGUCAAUAAAUGAUGAUACGUCUUCCAAAAAAGAUGAUGAAUCAUGUGAGGAAGAGGAAGAGGAAGAGGCUAAGUUGGAGACCUCGGAGACGAGCUAUAUCCCUAGUGGGUACCAUCAUCGUGAUGAAGAAGACACCGAUUCGAGAAUUCGUUGUGAGCAGCUAAAGAGGGCGAGUUCGAGGGCCAGAGAUGGUUAUGAGCUGUUAAAGAAUGAUGACACGUCUUCCGAAAAUGAGGAGGAUCCAUGGAAUGAAGAUGACGUGAAUGAAUAUUGGAGGCUGAAGUAUAGAAUCAUGAGCGAUGCAACUAACCUAUCAUUGGUGGAUGGUGAUGAUGAUGAUGAUGAUGAUGUUUAUAUUGAUGAUAUUUAUAUUGAUGAUGAUGACUUGUCGGACCAGUUACAAGGAUUUGUGGAUGUGAAGGAAGAGGAGAUUGAGAAUAAAACGGAAUGUGAUUGGGUUUUUGUGACGAGGGAUUAGGUCUUUGAUUUUUGGCAUAUUUUGUGUCUCAUCUGAAUUUGAGUGUUUAUACUUUAUAUUGGCUUUUAUGGGGUUUUUUUCUUGCGGUACGAGUUAGAUUUUGUUAUUUUCAUUCACAAUUCCUAUACUCUUAUCAACUAUUAUCUUACUAUUCUUACCAAAUGUUGUGUUUUAUAACCAUCAUUACUUUUUCCUUGCUGAACUUUUUUUCAUAAAACCAGAAAAUUUGAAGUGUUUUUUUUUGUUAACUAGAUUUGAUGCAUUAUAUUAUAAAGAUAACAAAAUUUAUAACUGUUAAACAAAAAAACUGAUAACAUAUGAGAAGUUAGCUAGUAAAAGUUCCAGCUAAUAAAUUUGUUAUAUCUGAUUGUAAUCACAAGAAAAGAGAAAGAUUAAAAUGCUUGAUGUGUCAAAAGCUAUUUCUUUAGGAAUAUUAGGGCUGAAGGAGUAUUAUGUGGUGCAAUGAGGCUAGAAGUAGGUACUUCAGUGAUCGUUUCAGUCACGACAUCAUUCACAACUUGGUUUCACAUAAUUAGGCUGAUUAAGAAGUAAGCAUCUAGAUUCUAUAUGGAAGCUUUGGCUAGCGCUAUAGCGAACCAAUCCUUCUCUAAUACUGAUUUUUGUUUUGUCUUAUCUCUAAUACUGAUUUACAAACUCCUGUAAGUGUAUAAACUCACAGAAGUCAUUUACCCUUGUUGCCCUUAGGGCAUCCUCAUUGCUAGGACUUUAAUUGCAUAUCUUAGGUUAGUUUAUUAAUAUAAUUAGAUUAAGAGAUUUUGUUAAGAUACUUGAUUAAAAAUGGAGAUUAUUGGUAGAUACUUUUGUAGUCUCUUAGCCAAAUAGUAAUUUUUUUUUUAUUUUGUAAAUUUUUUGGGAGUACUUUAUAAUAAAACAUAUAACAUUAAACAUAAGAAAAUAAAAAAUUUGAACAAAAAUUAAAAAAAAAAAGAUUACAAA